AUGGUGCGGAAACCAUGUCAAACGACGUAUGUGCAUACGAAUGAGGUCACACAUGAAGUCGAGGAAUGUCUGAUCCGCAUGAAAUCGGCGGAUACGAUGAGGUCUUAUCAGCAUCAGCAUCAGCAUCAGUGUUCUGGUGCUCUUGAGACAGAAAUGAUUUCAGUGAAAGCCGGCCCAGCUCGCGCUCGUCGUCCAGCCUGGGCGGCAAGAGCUAGGCAUCAGAUAAGCGAUAAGACAAGCUUCAUUCAUUCACCUGCUCAGGCAUUUUGUAUUGAAAAUACUGUAGCCGAUUAUAUUCACAAGAUCCUGCUACAGUUUGGCAAACAAGCUCAAAUUAUUUUCCAUUCGUUUUUGUCAGAUGCACAACCACGGAAGAUGUGGGCCCAACUUUUGGAUCGUGCAAAGCCUGACGGACACCUUCUGAAGGCUCCCGACGAUUCGGAUCUGGUCAAUUUCGGUUGA